GACAGACAGUACUGGAGAGCAACUAAGAGUCAAACACUUUAACCCUCGACUAAGUGCCGUCCCUUUUGCAGUAAGGCCGUCUCCCUGACAGCUGACUGUCUCCUCUCGUGUGUCAUACACAGUGGACCGUCUUCCUCCAGUCUGUCUCUCACACAGUUGACUGUCUCCCUCCGCUAUGUCCUCGGUAGACGCCGGCUCUGCCCCCGGUCACCAGAGGAACCGCAGCCCACCGGCGUCCGACGAGCCCGAAACGCACAAGAAAAAACGUAACCACGUGACCGAGACCCCCGAGGACGAGCAGCCCCUACUGCAAACCUCCGCAGACCCCGCCCCCUCAUCACCAGCAGACCCCGCCCCCACGCCUUCGUCCUUCCCCACAGACCCCGCCCCCUCCUCCUCCUCGUUCCAGCCUCUCUGCUGCCCCCCGGCGGUCGGCACUACCAUUGUACGCUGCUGUCAUGGAGGAGCCAAGAUGGCUGCCCUGGCCUACAACCUGGGCAAGCGGGAAAUCAAUCAGCACUUCAGUGUGAGGAACGCCAAGCUGCUGGCCCUGGGGCUGGCGCUGCUCAUCUCCGCCUGCCAUGUCGUCUUCUGGGGCUCCUCGUCUCACGGAGAUGACACGUGCGGAUACCUUAUAUCCAGCGGGCGCUUUCUGGGGGAAAACGUAUGGCAGCCGUACAGCUGUAUGAUGCACAAGUACAAGGCAAGUGACGCCACAAGCUGCCUGAGGGACAAGCGCGUUACCUUUGUGGGAGACUCCAGGAUACGUCAGCUGUUCUUCGCUUUUAUAAAGAUCCUUAAUCCACAUGUCAAAGAACAAGGAAACAAGCAUGAGAACAUACCUUACGAGGACUCCAGAAAUAACAUUGGGGUGGAUUUCCUGUGGUAUCCAGAGGUGAACGUCUCUAUGAAACAAUGCUUCCAGUCUCUGAGCGAGAAUCCAUCAUCAAAGCCUCAGAUGGUUGUCGCUGGAGCCGCCACGUGGUCAAUAAAGAUGAACAAUGGCAGCGCGGAGUCUCUUUCCCAAUACAAAGUCAACCUGAUAGAUGUAGAACCGGUUCUGGGGAAGCUGUCGGACUCCAGCGAGGUCUACUGGAUGUUACAAGAUCCCGUAUACGAACAACUGUUAAGUGAAAGUCGCAGAAUGAUCACCAAUGAGAGGAUUGGCGCUUACAAUGACGUGGCGGCUGCAAUACUAAAUGGCACCAAUAGGAGAUCGAGAUCAAAAAUAAAAAUAUUCAGCGUUUCCAGACUCAUCUCGGAGGAAACGAUAGAACAGUCCCCCGAUGGUCUUCACAUCCCAGAGACCAGCAGAGAUAUAAGUGCCAUGAUCCUCAUGAAUUCCUACUGCAACAAAAUCAUGAAGCCCAUCGAUGGCUCCUGCUGCCAGCCCACCCCUCCGCUCACCAUCAUUCAGAAGAUAGCCGCAGUUUUCUUUGUUUUGUCCAUUGGGGCCUAUGUAGUGAUCAGCAUAACCCAGCGGAACAAACAUCGGAGGAACAAGAUGUGUACAGACAUAGAGAGCGGUGAGGAGAAGAAGCCAGCCACCGUCACCCCAGCAGCCUCCACCAUGGAGGUCGCCUUAUUCUCCCUUUCCAAGCUCGGGCUCAUCAUGGCCUACUUCUACUUCUGUGACCGGGCAAAUCUGUAUAUGAAGGAAAACAAGUUUUAUACCCACUCCUCAUUCUUCAUACCAAUCAUCUAUAUCCUCGUGCUGGGCGUAUUCUACAAUGAGAACACUAAAGAGCCUAAAUUGUUGAAUCGGGAUCAGACUGAUGAAUGGAAAGGAUGGAUGCAGCUGGUCAUACUGAUCUAUCAUAUCUCUGGAGCCAGUUCUUUUCUUCCCGUGUACAUGCACGUUCGGGUUCUGGUGGCCGCCUACUUAUUCCAGACGGGAUACGGACACUUUUCCUUCUUCUGGCUGAAGGGGGAUUUUGGAAUCUACCGCAUUUCCCAGGUCUUGUUCCGCCUUAAUUUCCUGGUGGUGGUCCUGUGUAUCGUGAUGGAUCGGCCGUACCAGUUCUACUACUUUGUCCCGUUGGUGACCUUCUGGUUCAUGGUGAUUUACGGAUCGAUGGCAUUAUGGCCGCAGAUUACCCAGAAGAAAGCGAAUGCGAAUAACUUGUGGUACUUCGGCCUGAUGUUGAAGCUUGGUAUCCUGCUGCUGUGUAUCUACGUCUUGUCGCUUUCUCAGGGUUCCUUCGAGAAGAUCUUUUCUGUAUGGCCGAUAUCCAAGCUGUUCGAGCUAAAUGGAGAAGUCUAUGAAUGGUGGUUUAGGUGGCGUUUAGACCGAUAUGCCGUGUUCUAUGGCAUGAUGUUCGCAUUCGUCUACCUGAUGUUACAGAAACGCCAGGUGCUUUUCGAGGGAAAAGGAGAUCCUCUGUUUUUCACCAAAGUCUCCAAUAUUUUGCUCUUCUUUUCUGUCGUUCUUUUUCUGACCUACUCCAUAUGGGCCAGCAGUUGUAAAAACAAGACCGAAUGCAACGAGAUGCACCCGUCAAUAUCUGUUCUCCAGAUUUUCGCUUUUGUCCUCAUAAGGAACAUUCCUGGAUACGCCCGCUCUGUGUACAGCUCGUUCUUUGCCUGGUUUGGCAGAAUUUCUUUGGAAUGUCUCCACCAGCAGAAUAGCGAGUACAGCUCUGGAGUAUAAUACCAGGAUAGAACUCAGAACUGGCUGUAUCCACACAUUGUUAUUGUGAUUUUUGCCACCUUUUUCCUAAAAAAAAAAAAAAAAAAAAAAAAAAUCAAAUUCAAAUAAAAAAAUCGUAAUGUAAUAGAUAUAGCCCCAAGGUAAUACAAACUCCAGCUCUUCCGUAUGUUCUAAGUUUAUUCACAUUUUUCAUUUUGCUGCAGAAGGGAUUAUGUAAUAAUAUAAAAUAAUUUUUCAUCCGCCAUUCACGGAAUCCCUUCAUAGUGACAUAUGUUAGUACGGUUGAAAAAAAGACGCAUGUCCGUAAAGCUCAACCUACAGUUUUAUAGGAUAGGACAUUUUGGUCUGGUUUGGUACGAAAUAAACGAUUUCUAAGUCAGGUUGUCAGAAUUUCUGAAUUAUGGGAUGUCUGAUUAAUUUUUUUUUAAAUAAAUUGCUAUUCUGUGUAACUUUCAUCAUGAUCCUUAAAGGAGAACUCCAGCCAAAACUAACUCAUGCCCUAUCCACAGGAUAGGGAAUAAGUGGCUGAUUGCAAGGGGUCCAACCACUGGGAACCCCCCCCCCAGCGAUCUCCAGAACGGGGCCCAACAGCUUGUGCUGCAGACGACACCUGCUCCAUUCAUUUCUAUGGGAGUGUCGAAAAGACCCGAGUACAGAACUUGGGCAUUACCGGCGGUCACAUAGAAAUGAAUAGAGCGCGUGCCGUCUACACAUCGACAAUACACGCUCGUAUCCACUGCGAUCUGCUACUUAUCCCCUAUUCUGUGGAUAAGGGAUAAGUUUAUUUAGCUGGAGUUGUCCUUUAAUAUCAUGUCCUGCAAAGUCUCACUUUGCAGAUUAUAUACAUAGUAGAUGGCGACUGAAAAUAAAAUAGAAAUUUAUCUGAUUAAAUUUUUUUAAAUUAAAUUGUAAUUUUUUAUUUUUUUUCAAAAACAGCAUAACUGUGUCUGGUUUAGUAGCGCAACCCCAUGAGUUGGGUAAAGGAACUCCGCUGCAAUACCAGACCCAAUCAACAAUUUUAGGACACCUGAUGUCAUUUUAUAUCAUAGACCAGUGUUUCCCAAACAGGGUUCCUCCAGCUGUUGCAAAACUACAACUCCGGGCUUGCAGGGAGUUGUAGUUUUGCAACAGCUGGAGGCAUUCUGUUCUGGAAACACUAUCCUUGACUGUCAUGUACAGAAGUUUGCCUGUGCAGCUCUCUGGAAACUUUGUAUGGAGUGCACUUGGUUUCUUUAGGGUUGCGCAGCGUAGACGAUUAUAUUUUUUGAUACUGUAGUUAUUUGGGUGGUUGAAGAAGUUGACGGCUGCUGUCUGAAGAUGAUUUUGUGAACUUUGGGUUUUUCCUCUUGCAAUACUAUUUUGGGGGUUCUCGGCUUGUUGUGAAUGAACGUUGUCAAGCCUAAAAGUGUAGGAUGUGCUAAUUUUUUCUGUUAUUUAUAAAUGUGUGCAUGUGUUUACAUCCUGUUUGGCGUUAUUCCUUUAAUUUAUCUUUACGAAUUGUAUAUUAAGUAUCUGGGAAAUGAUGAGAAAAUAAAAAUCCAUUUUAACUUCG